AACUUCAAUUCCUACUCCAGCAUGAAUACUUUCAAAACUGUUCUAGUAAUUUGCGCAAUGUUGGGCGUUAGCGCUUCCUGCUCCAGCUCGUACCAGCCGGCUGGAAGUCAAGGAUCGCAAACGGCUGAAGCAGCGGGUGACUUUCACGGAGGAGUUACAGGUGGUAGUGGUCAGUCGUCGUCGUACGUUAGUCAGCCGGUUGUUCCGAAUAGCCCAGCGGCCUUCGCAGCUGAACAACAGAGACCAGUAGAAUCGGCAGGUCCACUAUUCGGCGCUGAAAAAGUCAGGCCAGUGAUUGCUGCUGCUGCCGCCGCUGCUGCCACAGCGCAAACUACGCAAUACAUUUGCUCUUGCAUCACCAUCAAUCCUGUGGCGACAGUUAAGCCUCAUCAUGUCCCGACUGGGGAUUCUUUUGCCUAGGCUGCUGCCCAGCAACAGACAUUCGCUUCCCAACAGGAACAACAGCAGCAGCAGCAGCAGCAGCAACAGUCAAGUGUUGGUCCAGCUUCUUCGCAGUCCGUUCCUGUACAGCAGCAACAAUCUGCUGGUGAUAACAGAGGACAUUAUUAAACAAAAAUGUGUUUUGAAUAUUUCUAAAGUAUGUAGCAUGUAGCUGUUCGUGAUAACUGGUUUUAUCUUGGCUGUAUUCCUAUUCUUUUCGCAAUAC